AUGGCUCCUCCGACGUACAUAAUUUCCCGCGCUGCGGACCCCAUCUUCGCCGUGUUCAUUGGCGUGUCGGCAGCAGCGCUCAGAAUAAACCGCGAGGAAAAGGAGAAAGGGAGGACAACUCAGGAAACAAUCGAAGCGGCUCGUCGGUAA